AGGUGGUGAUGGAUGGAACAACUCUUGGAAUACAGAAAACUUUCUUACCAAAUAAUUUAAGAGAGUCUGAUACUGGAUUGCUAGAUGGAAGUAGGUUUGAAAUGCGCAAUUUCAUCAACAGGAGAAAUGUGCGAGCUUUAUUGAAGAAGUACAGUGAUUCAAAGCUAAGUUGGGACGAAUUUCAAGAAUUAAAAUCUGAAAUAUCUUCAAAGGGGCUUAGGACUCUACUUGAAUGGUUAGAGAAACAAGGAUUUAUCACUAGUUGUCCAAACUCGUGCAGAAGGUUAUUGGCAGCAUUGGCUUCUGACAAACCAGUAUGCGCAAUUGUGCCCCCCAAAGAAGAAGUUUUGGACCUCUUGAUAAGGAUGUCUGAUGGAGCCAAUCCAAAGACAAUCCUUCGACUGAUUUAAAACUUCUUCAUGAAGAAGUGCCCUUACUGUUUAACGUCAUUGAGACUAGCGAAGAAAUUCCAAUUACUAUUCAACCGCUGCUAAAGGAAUUGGUACAAAAGGCGAUAAGUCCGUUCGAGGUCAAGGACGGUCAGUGGCGUUUGCCACACAACUUACCUGCGGUGUCUCAAAAUUCGUCCCAUGGAUAUCUACCUUCUCUGCCAGAACUGGUUCAACGAGGGAAUUAUGUUCUUGACAAUAGGAAGACACAGCA